AUGGCCUCCAUAACCCUACGAUCAACAUCGAUCACCGCCAUAGCGAUCCUCCUGCUAGCAGCAGUCGCACUCCUGGGCCUCGUGGCGGCGAACCAAGACCACGAUGCGCUCACCGCCCUGAAGAACGGCCUACAAGACCCUACCGGUGAACUGAAUAACUGGAACCCGUACUCCACCGACCCCUGCACCUGGACCCAUGUCGAGUGCGACAAUAUCACAAAGCGCGUCAUCCGAUUAGAUCUUGGUUUUCGAAAGUUAUCCGGUCAUCUUGCACCUGAGCUUGGAAAUCUGGACCAGCUAGAGUACAUGGAAAUUCAUCAGAACUAUAUUCAAGGAACAAUCCCAGCAGAGCUUGGUAAUUUGAAGAACCUGAUUAGCCUGACCUUGUACAACAACAACCUUUCAGGGCAUAUCCCUCCAUCACUGGGUGAACUGCAGGCCUUGAAAUACUUGCGACUCGAGCACAACAAUCUGAGUGGGCCAAUCCCAAGGGAAUUGGUUGGACUGUCCAAUCUAAUGAUUCUAGAUCUCUCAAAUAACGAUCUCUGUGGAACGAUCCCAAGAUUUGGAGCGUUCCAGAACAUCCCCCUGACCAGCUUCGCCAACAAUCCGCGCCUGAAAGAUCCUGAGCUGCCAGGAACGGGCAAUAAUGACAACAACUGCUAG